GCGCUCGGCGGUUCCGACAUCCUUAUCCCCGCCAGCAAGUAACAGACAUGAAGACUGCGCUAGGUGCCAAGGCGAGCCUCCGUGUUUCCUACAGACGACCCGGCCGCACAUGAUCUUCUUCGAUAAGGCACUUGCCCGACUCAGGUCGUUAUUUCUCUCAUCCAGUUCUAAGGACGACUCAAUUACUAACAAGAUUCGGAACAUUCUACCUACCCUCGGGCGGACACCGAAGAGAUUAUCCGUGACGGGAUCCAGCCAACCGAAAUGGACAACGCCGGUGCGUCGCACUUCGCCGUCGCCGGCUCGGUCGAGCAGCGGACCUUUGCUAUUCUGAGGCAGCUGUGCAUGCUUAUCUCCCAGUCUCGGUCAGUGGUUCCCGCACCUUCCUGGUGGUAGACGGUCCGGCUGCUCAUGAGCUUCUUUUGCCAUCCAUCGGGUUAUGAUUCUCUCAUCCCGUUCUGGAGGACAUCUCGGUGGGAUACUUGUCAUCUCUACCCCCGGUCGAACAUAACAGUGGUUGGCCCUGACACGAUCGACACGAACAACAACUGUUGCAUCGCAUCUCGCCCUUGGAUUUUCACCCAUAUUCGUGCGUUUCUUUCCUAAUUGGAUAUGUCCUGCAACUGUCCGUUGGUCCAACUCGCUCAGAUCAUGGACCAAUUGCUACCUAAAUACGAAUCGCUCAGCACCAGGUUCGUUCGCUUCAUCCCGAUGAAGAACCUGUUGCGAGUUUUCUCGUGGACCCCACAUGAGAGGACGAGGUAAACGCUGACGUCCCCAGCUGAACGAUAUCAUCACCGUUCAGACUAUCACUGGGAGCGUACCCUCCAUUGCUGCCACCAUCGUGCCGGCUCCCGGUUCUCAGCGCGUACAACCACCUUUCCCAUCAGCACGUUCUUUCUCGUCGACUGACUCUGGAAUAUACGGCACUCUUGACGCCGUGAGUCGUACGUGGAUUUGGAUCUCGACUUCAAUCGUUGGAGUAAACAGUGGGCUAAUACCCAUCCAUCGCCCCGAACAGACGCUCCAUUCACCGUGACCGACACGAUCAUCUAGAGUGCCACCUACACAGCAUAAGCAGUGAACGUUUGACGCUCACCGAUACUGAGGAUCCUUUCCAAUUCUGGCGACAGAUGUGACGACCUCAGCUGGUUACGAAGGCACUAUCUCGAUUAGGAUUCAUAUCGUCCUGAAUUGGGGAACGCAUUGCUAAUAAAGAGCAUCUGUACCGACAUGCUUCUUGCUACAUAUGCGCCAACUGUCCCCUGUGCUAUUCUGAGACGACUUAUUCCAAGCUCGCGUGCAUACAUGUAUGGUCACGUUUUGUUGAAUGCGACCGUUUGCUGCUCUCUGGGAUAAUUCCAGUCGAUGCAUUCCAAGGGGCGGUGCGUAUAUAUAGACGAUCUCCGGUGUAUCAGGCCGAACCCAGAAGCUUGAUCGACUGAUGCCGGCCCUCAAUCAUCUUUGAAUGCCACUCACGGAUCACAGAGUGGACCUUCGAGAUCUCUCAGGGCUCAUUCAUUCCAAGAUCCCUCCCUCCGCUUGCGACAGCUGUGAUGACCCGAGCUGGGUACCAAGUUAUGUCCUCGUACUUCCGAUUCACAACUAACUCGCUGCACUGCACCUCUCGAGCCAUUUCCAUGACUUCAUCGCCAUCCCUCUAAAUGAGAAGAACGCGCUAUUCGAAGAAAGAAAGUAGUUCGAUGUCGUCAAUCCCGUUACAUUAGCGUCCUGAUCCAGCAUCGCAACGAUCUUCAGUGCUGAUGUCCUGCCUCUCAUUGGCAGCAGUGGCGAAGCCCCGAUCUAAACGCCCAAGCGAAACUGACUAGAUGGGCUGAUGUCCUGUUAUCCCGUCCCUCAGAGGAUCGACUCGAUUGCUGAGCAAGAUCCGGAUCAUCUCUACCUAUCUACGCGCCGACAUAACGGGGGAUAGAAGUCGUACUGACGCUCACAAAUGAAGUAGGCGCGCAGUUCAUAUGAACAACACCUGUCAGACGACCAUGUUUCCUGGCUUUGUGUCUCCCGCACUGACCGGUGAUGCCACUUGUCCAGAUCGCAUCCGUUGAACCGAUUGUCCCAGAAAUUAGGAUCUCUCAGUACCCAGCGCUAUCCCCGUCCACGCCUCUAGGAUCACGGGUGGCCUCGCCGACGAAGAACCAAGUGCGCGCUGCUGGAUGGACCGCAUAUACAUUACAAGAGGAGGUUCGCGCCGACGUCCGGCAGCUCAGCUGAACGGUGCCAUUUCUGUUCACGCCGUCGCUUAGAGCGUUCUAUACACUGCUACCAUCUUCAUGCUGAAGUACAGGUCUCAGCGGAUGCUGUUUGCUGUUCUGCAAGGCUUCAUACGGGGCCUCUAUUGACGACCCGCUCGACUUGGCUACUUCUACCUCUACGAACUCUGCGAGGAUCUCGAACCCCGAGAAGAAAGCCGAACCACACAAGCAUUUCAUCGUUCCGCAAUCGCGGGCAUGGUACGGUGCAACCUCCUCCAGCUGCUGAUGGCGCUCAACAGGCUGAAUCCACUACUCAACCAUCCAUUACCACAGGCUCAAGAGAGUCUGGCAACGUUGCACGCGCUUCUACUCCGCAUACGCUCCGACUCACUACCAUUGAUGCUCUCCAACCUUCUACCCUUCUCCCUCUCCCCAUACCCGGAAAUGUCUGAACGAGCACUCCCCUCUCGUCGAAU